AUCCACUUCCCGGAUUGCAUGGGUUUGCGUGACAACACCCGCCACCGCAUACAUCGGUCACAGGAAUUCCUGCUCUCUAGGAUGGAUGCGUGUGACAAUGCAGCAAAGCCGGUCACGUACCGGCCAGUCUCGACCCUGUCAGCUGGCCAACUGGCACACAAGAGACACUGGGAUCGGGCCAGACAGCGCAAUUACCGCUCCAGCGCAAAGAACCAAAUCCGCGAGCUUGAGGAAGAGCUUCGGGAUGUAGCUGCACGCCUCGAAGCGGCAGAGAAAGAGAGGGACAGCCUCCGUGCGCGGCUCCUGGAACAACCGAAGGCCGCCGAGGAUCUACAAAAGGAGUGUCGACGUUUGAGAGACAUAAUCAAGUCGGCCUUCUCCGAGAUGCAAGCAUGCGGCGAGCGGGAGAAAAUUCGGGAAGCGACACCGGAACAGCAGGCAUUCCGCGGCGGCUCCGAGGGAGGUUCGACAGCAGCCAAAGAUUGUCCUGGGAGCAACUUGUCGGUUGAUGAAUCGUAUGCUACGGAAUCAUCCGGACAAGAACUCUCUGGACCUCGUCCUGGCGUGUCCGAGGUCUGCAUCUCGUUGGACUCGCUGACGGAUAUCUGGCCUGUGCCGUCACCAUCACCCCAAGCCGCCGGCCUGCAGCGCUAUUCUCGCGACGGGAUCCUCCGUUUUGACCACGCCCAACUGCCUCAGCUACAGAGUACCAUCUCGGACAGCCUGGGGAGGUGGUCCAUGAUGCCAGUCAACACGGCCCCCAUGGCCGCCUUGGACUGGGCAGUGGUGGAGAUGGAAGAGCUGUGCUGGAAUAAGACAUCCAAGGACAUGGCCAUUACGGAAUUCACCACCCCGGCGUUCCCCCAUGUCUCAUCCCUACUCAACCCACAGACACGCCCAGCACACCCGCAGCAGCCAAUUACCUCGGCCGUUGUCACGCGAAUCCUAAGUCAGAUGCCUGUUGGGGGCACCACUGAGCGGCUGGGCGCCAUGUGGCUGCUCUGCAACCUUGUGCGCUGGCGCCUGUGUCGGACGCGGGAAACCUUCGCCGCGCUUCCCGAGUUUCUCCGUCCGACCGAGACGCAACUGACCAUCCCGCAUCCCAUAUGGAUGGAUGUGAUUGUGUGGCCAGCCGUGCGGGAUCGGCUCAUCCAAGAAUUUGAUUACACCGAGUUUGACGUGUUUCGAUAUUCCAUUGGCUCGUCGCUCUCGCUGGGUUGGACCAAUGGGCUUUCGGCAUGUCUGUCCUUGACAGAUACGCUCGAUGAAUACUCUCUGAGUCUCGAGUUUGAGAAUCACUUGCGGCAUCUGUCCAACUGGACGGUCGACGCAGCCUUUGUUGAGGAGUUUCGUUUCUUGGAUGGGGCUAUCAACGUCCGGUCAUCAUGAGGCUGGUGUGUCGUUCUUUAUACGCUUCACCUGUAUAUUAUUUCUGAG